CGUCAUUCCAUCAUGCAGCUGCUUGAAAUAAUAUCGGUCGAAUUCAAAGCUUGCGAGUUUGUGCAUGGCUGGGCGACACACUUGGAGUUUGGGGCGAUUUGUUUUACGUGCCAGCUAUUAUUAAUAAUGCGACAAAGUUUUGAGGAAAGGUUGAGGGAGGCUGAGACAGCGAUAUGGCUGACGUUUUAAGUUUACUUCGUGUUUAUCACUCUCAGAAUAAGGUUAUAACAGAAAGAAACGACGAUGUUAUUUUCGGAGAAUUUUCAUGGCCCAAAGAUACCAAAACCAACUACGUUACUUAUGGUACGGGCAAAGAAGGGGAGGCAAAGAGUUACUACACACUAGAAUCUAUCCUCUACCUACUGAAGAAUGAGAAGCUCACUCACACCAGCUAUGUCAAGAAAGCACUUGAAGAGAAUAUUCCAGUAGUUCGUCGUCCCGACAGGAGAGAUCUGCUUGCCUAUCUUAGUGGGGAAAUAAAAACAUCUGCAAAUAUCGACAAAAGUGCACCCCCUGAAAUAUCAAGGCAGAGACCAACACAAGUCAAAAGAAGUGCAGAUGAACCGCAGACAGAAACGACCAAGAAAAGAAGAUUUGAGGAUGAUGAAGUUCGACGAGACAAGAAACGUCUGUUGGAGAGACUUGAGGGUCAUAAAGAAGGUGCCGUGGCAACCACUGAUCACAUUCGAUCCCUCUCUGAUACAAUGUCCAUCGAGCGUAUCGCAUCCAUCAGAGCGAAGAUCCAUACCAAGAAACGUGUGACCAUCAAGGCAGACGUGGAGGCUGACCUUGGGGUUGGAGGUCUUGAGCAGCGUAGUUUCAUUGAUGCCGAGGUUGACGUCUCAAGGGAUAUCAUGAGCAGAGAAAGGAAUUGGAGAACAAGAACAUCUGUACUAAGGAGCAAUGGAAAGGAAUUCAAGAACAUCUUUGCUAUUCUUCAGUCGGUGAAGGCAAGAGAAGAGGGCAAGCAAGGCCAACAGAAUCAAAAUCAAUCAUCACACCAAACCCCAUCACAAAGCCAGCCCACAGAAAGAAGAAAAACGGUUCAGCAGACUGCACAGUACAACAGAUACGAUCAGGAGAGAUUCAAAGGAAAAGAAGAAACUGAGGGUUUCAAGAUCGAUACUGGUGGCUCCCAUAUGCUGGCCUUCCAUGGGAUGUCUAAUCUCAACAAACCUGCACAGGAAACUGCACCUGCCAGGAAACCUGUUACCCCUGCACCAGCACCGCGCCCGGAACCCGCAGCGGCCCCUAAGCCCCAGGCACCUGCCAAAAGGGUAUCGCGUACCCCCAUCAUCAUCGUCCCUGCAGCCACUACAGCUCUCAUCACACUCUAUAAUGCCAAGGAUAUAUUACAAGAUUUUAGGUUUAUUACGUCGGAAGACAAGAAGAAGCAAGGUGCUAGGAAGGAGAACGAUGUCUUGAUCCAGAGGAGAAAAGACGACGGUAGCACGGUGCCCUACAGGGUCAUAGACACAAUCACCAAACUCACCCAAGCAGAUUGGGAUCGUGUUGUAGCAGUAUUUGUUCAAGGACCAACGUGGCAAUUCAAAGGAUGGCCAUGGAUGAAUGGCAACAACCCUGUAGAUAUCUUUGCUAGAAUUCGUGGUUUCCAUUUGAAAUUUGAUGAAUUCAAGAUUGACCCAAACGUCAAGAAAUGGAACGUCCACAUAAUGGAGAUCAGUCGGAGUAAACGCCAUUUGGACAAAGCUAGACUUCUCAAUUUCUGGGAAGUAUUGGACAAGUACAUGGUGAAAAACAAAUCACAUUUGAGAAUCUAAAGCUGAAGAUGGAACUCUUGUUAUUCGGGGCAGUACUCAAAAAGCAACAUUGAAGGUCCAGUGGCAUGACGAAUCCUGGAGUCAAGACUAGACGCAUUGGAUUAGUACACUGAACAGACUACAUGAAUGUUUGAUGGGCGAUCUCAGACAUAAUCAUCAGUCAUCAUUAUUGAUGACCAGUAACAUGUGAUUCAUAUGUUUCCAUCACUGACAAUGGAUAGUGCUAUCAAUCACCAGUGGUUAUCUGUAACAUAUCAUUCAGACAUUAUUACUGCUUGUGAUGGAUAGCGAUAUCAUUCAAUAUUGACGAUCGGUGAAGUAUUUUUCAGAUGUUAUUACCAUUUGUAAUGGAUCGCAGUCAAUCACCAGUGGUUAUCCGUAACAUAUCAUUCAGACAUUAUUACUGCUUGUGAUGGAUAGCAAUAUCAUUCAAUACUGACGAUCGGUGAAGUGUUUUUCAGAUGUUAUUACCAUUUGUAAUGGAUAGCGCUGUCAAUCACCAGUGGUUAUCCGUAACAUAUCAUUCAGAAUUAUUACUGCUUGUGAUGGAUAGCGAUAUCAUUCAAUACUGACGAUUGGUGAAGUGUUUUUUUUUUUCAGAUGUUAUCACCAUUUCUAACAGAUAGCGCUAUCAAUCACCAGUGGUGAUCAGUAACUCGUCAUUCAAUAGUGGCGAUCGGUGAGGUGUUUUUUUAGACGCUAUCACUAUUUCUAACGGAUAGCGUUAUCAGUCACCGGUGGUGAUUGGUAAUGUAUCAGGUUUUAUCACUUCUUGCAAUAGGUAACAUGUUAGCAUUGCAAUGUACGAUGCGUCACAAUGCACGGUACGCAUUGCCCAUGGUGAUACAUAUCACAAUACAAAUAACAGCACACCAUAUCAUGCAAUAUCAAAGGCCCCCCCCCAUUAUAAUUAGCGGAGAAGAGUAAUUAUUCAUUCUGACAUUAUUACGACUUGCUAUUCACAGCACAAACAUGGUUGCAAGUGGUGACAGGCGUCGAUUGGCAAUCGGUCACCACUCACAAUAAAGGAUCAUUCAGUCAUGUGAUCUAUGACCAUUGGUCAUUGAUAGCACUGUCCAUCAUGAUUGGCUAUAAUGCUGAUAUUGAAAUAUUUGUUUUAGAGGAAUAAACUCACCAAGGGUCUGCUACACAAAGCAUAGCGAUUGAUCACAAUCCGUUUGUUGAUAUUUCUUGGUAACAGACAUAGGCAUUACACCUGGUACAUGUCUUAGAGGGGUUCCAUGACAUUUGCUCUGGUGACAUUUGCUCCGAUGGAAAAUCUGCAUGUUAAGCCAAACAUUUAUAAUCUGACCUCCAAAACUAAAUAAACCUUAAGCCUUAUCUUAAAAUUAUUCUGAACCAAAAACCCUAUUGCAACCCUAACCGUAUGCCCUCUGAGAUAUUUGGACUGGAGCAAAUGUUGUGUCACCCAUAGAGGUGUAACCCUUGUUUAGGGGAGAGGGAUAAAAUGUUAAGUAGAAGAAAGUGGAAUUUGGAAUUGAUUUUAUGAAGAGAGCUAUGGUAGAAUGUGUGUACUGCAAAACCGUAGAAAAGUCUCAGAAUGAUCGACAUGUUUGUGUACAGAAAAGGGUGUUGAAUCAUUGCACCAUUUGUAUUUUUCAGCUACUUUUCAUAUCUUCAUAGAAGUAUCGGUAUUAGUACCGUUCAAAUGACAAACAAAAAUGGAGUGGGCCAAGACCUUUUUCUUCUCCAGACCAUUUGGCAAAUUACAUUAUUUUCUUCUUUUUGAGUAUUUGAUGCAAGACCAUAUAAAAUGAUUGUAUGCCCCACACCGUAAUUGUUUUUAAUAUGCCAUAAAUUGAUCGAAAUAGACCCUGAUAUCAUGUAAACAACCUAUUUAUGUAGCAUAUGAAUUUGUUUCACUGGUUGGAAUGCGAGUGUCCAUAUGUUACAUGUUAAUUGGCAGAUCAGUCCAUGAUAUUUGUAUUUUCUAGCAAUAAAAGAUGCAUACUAUUCCCUAAAACACUAAUACAACCUGUGUAAUAUGUAAUUCUUACUUUGCUUCAAAAUCUAGACACUUUGCAAAGAAAACAGCAUUCCUGGAUAAAAUAAUCACUUUGUCAAAGUUGCUUUAAAGUAGGUAAAAGCACCAUAUAUGUAAAUAAACCCUCGGCGCAUUUACUUUCCUUGUU